AGUUGAAAAUGUACUUAAAAACCCCUUGUUCUUGACCCUCUACUAGCAAAGCGAAUUGCAAAAUGCAAUUUUGCAUUUCCCCUGAAGAAUUUUCCCCCAAAACAUUACUUUGCUGAAGAAAAGGUCCCAUUGGUGAUUUUCUAAAUACGACUGGAUGAUGUGGAAAUGUGAGAAAUCUGCAAUAAAUCAUCUAUAAGCAAAAUGUUCUUGGUGGAUAAACAUCUCAAGAUUUCUUGAUUGAAUCUUCACGACACGAGCGAUAUUUCACCAGGAGAAGGUACCUAUAAAAGACGCUGAUGCAGUGCCUAAUGCUCUGAGUACACCUACUGCAUCAACAAGCUCAACAGUGAUCCAUUUCAGUCCGCAAAAUGAAGUCAAUUUUCGUUCUGUGUGUUGUUCUUAUGGCUUUUGGCGCCAAUGGAGAAGAAAUGAAGGAUAAACGUGCACUUUUGGGCUUUGGCUAUGGAUACGGUGGAUACGGAUUAGCACCUUAUGGAGGAUAUCCCGGUGCAGCAGGAUAUGUCCAUGGAUAUCAUGGUUACGGUUACAGAGGAUUCGGCUAUCCUUACGACGGUUACCAUCAUCCCUAUGCUUACCAUCCAGGAGCAGUAGCCUAUCAGGGAGCCGCCUUUGGCUAUGGUAGUCCUUUUCUGCACUGAAACUUCCACGCCAAGCACAUGAGACCAGUUGACACAGCCAAUUAAUUGUAAAGAUCCAUCGAAUUCUUAAUCUUACAGCAAACCGCAAAUAGAAUACCGAAAUACACAGUUCUUUUGUAAAUAAAA